UCUGCUUUGCAUCCGCUGUUCCUCUGCUCUCAUCAGCCUUCCUGGCAGCAAUCUCGUCAGCCUUCCUGGCAGCAAUCUCAUCAGCAUUCCUGGCAGCAAUCUGAUCAGCUUCCUGGCAGCAAUCUCAUCAGCUUCAUUCAGCUGCAGCUCUGGUUAGUGAGGGACGCAUUCACACCUGGAUGUCAUCGGAUUCUCAGCUCACACGGCCCCUUCAUUCAGCAUCAUCUAAAACAUGCAGUCUCCUCUUCCUGUUCACUAAACUCCAACUCUGAGUGC